UCAAUGUCAUGUGUGAAAAUGUCAUUAUAAACGUCAGCAAUAGGGAUUUAAAUAAGUGUACGUCAACUUUUGUUUACUCAGUUUCAAUAAUGGCACUAAACGGUGAUAGAUUCCAAAUUCGGAUAGUAAAAGAUAAAUUCGAAGCUUCAUUAGUUAAUGAAGACGAUGUAAAAUUAGCAGAAUACUUAGAUAGCUUCGAGGAACUGAACAAAUUUUUUACGUUAAUGGGAACGGUAUUUGGAUUUGUAAGCAAAGAUCUGAAAGCUAAAAUCGAAAUACUAAAAAAAUUCCAUGAAGAAUCCAAAGAAAACUUUAGUAGCGUUAGAACUAUGAUUGAAUAUGAAAAGAACAAUGAAUUAUUGAAUAAAAAAGGAUACGUUUCUGGUGCUAGGACCUUACUCAGACUACACAGAGGGCUGGAUUUUAUUAGGUUAUUUUUGGACAAACUAGGAAACCUCAAGAACGAAGAAAAUGCGUCUAGUAUUUGUAGGGAAGCUUAUGAUCAAACCUUAUCGAAACAUCAUCCGUUUAUUAUUAGAAAAGGUGCGCAAGUAGCCAUAUAUGCUUUACCUACCAGGGCAGUAUUACUUCAAAGGGUAUGUGGGGAUGAAGAAACAAUACAAGAAGCGAUCUCUUUACUACCAAAAACUUUAGAAAUAACUUCACUCGUAUUUAACCGACUGGAAAAUUUGUAUACCAUUUAUGAUCUCCAUGAACUUCCCUAAAUAGAUAUUAUUAUUUAUAAAUAACCAGUAUUUAACGUUAUAAACAAUUUUAAUUCGUGAUAUAUAACUUAAAAUUUGUUCUGGCAACUAUAGUUUUUGAAAUAUUUCAAUUUAAUAAAAGAUUUUUAUCAUCUUUCAGCUUUAUAACAUUCCAAUUUUUAAUAUCAGCUCUAAUUUCAGUUUCAUUUUUAAUGUUCACUGUAAAGAUUUAUCAAUUUUCUAUCCAAAUAAUUCAUGAGAUCCGUUUGUUAUCAAAAAUAAUUUCUCCUGUGUCUAAAAUUAUUUCCACUUCUGUCAACCAUAGAUAAAUCAAAAGUGAUUAGUAACAGAAGUGGAUUGUUUUUAAGUUUGUAAAUCUAUAGAUUCCUGAUUGAUCUGAUGGCAUUUUUGACAUAUGAUUGAACAGUUGUUAAUUGUUUAAAUUGUAAACAAUUUUGUUAUUUCCUUUGUUUUUGUUUUAUUAAAAUAUAUAUAAAAAGUUCUUUGAGAAGAGACUGAAAUACUAAUUCAAAUAGGUCUUUUUGUAUUAUUAAUUAAACUUAUUAAGUGAUUUUCCAUUCAAUUUUGUGUGUCAGAUCAAAAGUUUUAGUGUUUGUUUUUCAAUCCUUGUUUUAUUUCGUGGUAACCACUACCACCACCGAAAUAAGGAAAUAUCUCGUUGUGAGUAUUAUUUAUGUGUAAUAUUUUCAAUAACUCUGCCAUUUACAAUAAAGUGUGUACGGAAAGUAAACCAUUUUGAAAUUAAAAUUUCAUUACUUCGUCGGCUCAAGUCGUAAACCACGAAUUUCGUUUUUUCUAUAUCUAUACCGUUAGAUAGAUCAUUUCUGAAUCUGGCACAAAACACAUUAAAAUCUUUAACAACAUUAAACAAAUUAAACACUUUUUAAGUGAUUUUUAAGAACCGCACAAAAUUUGUUUGAAUAGUGAACUAUAAAAAUAUGACGGCCGUGACGUCACGCUUCGGUUGUCUAUGUCCAAAUAGAAACUCCAGACCGCCAUUUUGUUUAAGGCUAACCACACUCCAUUAAUUUACUUUAACUAUUUUUUUUCAAAAUUUUCUAUUUGGCCAUUUCAAUUCUUCAAUUAAAAAAAAAACAAGUUUUCAUCCAAUUUUUUUCAUCAUUAAAUUUAUUGUGUAUAAUUUGAUGCUAUGAAAUUUGGGACUUAGCCGACGAUUUUCAUUUUAAAUUCACUUCUACUACAAAUAUGUUAUUAAAAGUGGCAUUUAAUGAAAGUUUGAUAUUCAAUUUAACCAAUAUGCCGACGCUAACCUCACCAUUCAAAAUGUCGUUAACUUUCUGUAUAACCCUCGUAAUAAUGAUUUUAUAUAUAAAUAAAACACAAAAGAAACUGUUAUAAUAUAUUUUAACCACUGUAUAAUAAAAACAUAUAUAAAAAUA